GAGCAACACCACCAUUGUUGGACCAUUUCUAAGUAUAUGUGCUUGGGAGAAUCUAGCAUGCUGCUUUUAAUUAAUGCCAUUCUAAUCUUCUGGAUUUCUACUGUUGGGGUGCAAGGUACCUAUUGUGGUUUUCCAAAAAUAAACCAUGGAAUUAUAUAUGGCAAAGAGUCCGAUGAGGAGCCUUCCCUAAGUACUGUUGGGGAAAUUUAUUAUUAUUCUUGUGAAUAUAAUUUUGCAUCUCCUUCACGAUCCUUUUGGACUCGCAUAAUCUGCACAGAGGAAGGAUGGUCACCAACACCCAAGUGUCUCAGACUGUGUUUCUUUCCUUCUGUGGAAAAUGGUCAUUCUACAUCUUCAGGACAAACACACCUGGAAGGUGACACUGUGCAAAUUAUCUGUGAUGUCGGCUACAGCCUUCCUAAUAAUAGUGACACCAUUUCAUGUUUGGAAGAUGGCUGGUCUUCUCCUCCCAAAUGCAGCUCCACCAAAGGCAAAUGUCUUCUUCCAGUUUUAAAAGCAAAUCUAGAUGUUUAUCCAAGAAAAGUAAAAUACAGUGCUGGAGAUGUGUUGGAAUUUUCCUGUAGACAAAGUCUUAAAAGAGUUGGACCAGAUUCAGUUCAAUGCUAUUACUUUGGAUGGUCACCUAAUUUUCCAACAUGCAAAGGGAAAGUACAGUCAUGUGGUCAACCUCCUCAACUCCCCAAUGGUAAAAUAAAACAGAGAAGGAAAGAACAAUAUGGACACGGUGAGGUGGUGGAAUAUGAGUGCCCUCCCCAUUUUCUAAUGACAGGGCCAAAGAAAGUACAGUGCAUCAAUGGAGAAUGGACACAUUUGCCCACUUGCGUUGGACAAGUUAAAGCAUGUGGCUCCAUACCUCACCUCAACAAUGGCUAUGCCCAGUUCUCUAUUCUUCCCGUUCAACAUGGUGUUUCUGUGGAGCUGAAUUGCAGAGAUACAUAUACGAUGAUUGGAAAUAAUGUAAUUACCUGUACUGAUGGAACAUGGACUGAACUUCCUAAGUGUGUUGCAACAAACCAACUUAAGAGUUGCAAAAGACCAAUGCUUCAUACAAGAGUACUGAUGAAGCCAUAUAUGAGGGAAUAUAAUCAUAGUGCCAGAAUAAAUUACAGAUGUUUGUGGGAGGUCAAAUACAUGCAAUCAGUCUGCAUAAAUGGGAAAUGGUAUCCUGAACCAGACUGCAGAGAAAAACGGAGAGAAUUCUGCCCACCUCCACCUCAGAUACCUAAUGCUCAGAAUAUGCUAACCACAGUGAAUUAUUGGGAUAAAGCAAAAGUAGCUGUUCUCUGCAAAGAAAAUUAUCUACUUCACGGACCAAGAGAAAUUGUGUGUAAAAAUGGACAAUGGCAGUCAUUACCACAGUGUUUUGAGUCUACACAAUAUUGUGGUCCCCCUCCAUCUAUUAGCAAUGGAGAUAUCACAUCAUUCCCAUUAUCAGUAUAUCCUCCAGGAUCAACAGUCCAGUACCGUUGCCAGUCUUUCUAUGAGCUUCGGGGCUCCAUAGAUGUAAUAUGCAGAAAUGGACAGUGGUCAGAACCACCAAAAUGCAUAGAUGCUUGUAUAAUUUCUGAAGGUAACAUGAACAAAAAUAACAUACAGUUAAGAAGUAAAGAAAUCAAAAAACUUUAUGUGAAAACGGGGGAUUUUGUGGAAUUUGACUGUAAAUGGCCAUAUAAAGCAAAGACAUCAAUGCAGUCAUUUCGGGUACUCUGUCACGAAGGGAAAUUUGAAUUUCCCACGUGUGAAUGAAACCAGCAUAGUUUUGCUGAAUAUAACUUUAAAAGUAAUCCUACAUGGGGUGCUUGGGUGGUUCAGUCGUUAAGUGUCUGCCUUCGGCUCAGGUUAUGAUGCCAGAGUCCCAGGAUCAAGUCCCACAUCAGGCUCCCUGCUUGGCGGGGAGUCUGCUUCU